UAAUUUUUAUUUUUAAAGAUGAAAAGAAAUAGUAGUUCAUAUAUUGUUUAAGAUUCAUCCUAUCAACUUUCAAAACCUAAUUCAUUUAUAGAUAUGAAUUGUAUCAUUAAACUCUAAUUAAAGCUUCCAUGUGUUUAAGCCAAACAUUCUAAUAAAAUAGAACUUUAAAUUAAUAGUAUGCCAAUAGAUUUUUAGGAGAAUGGCAUGAAGAAACCUAUCUUGUAUCUAGAAAAUAUGUUCCUACAAUGACAAAAGGAUUAAAUUUGUAUACUACUUAUUGCAUUCCUUAAAAUCCAAUAGCAACAAUAGUAAUUCUUCAUGGAUAUGGAGAUCAUUCUGGUAGAUACUUUCAUGUAUUAUAAAUAAUCAAUAUAAGGUAGCAGAUGAAUAUGCAAAAUAUGGAUUUUAAGUGAUUUUAUAUGAUUAAAGAGGAUUUGGUAAUUCAGGAGGUAUAAGAAGUCAUGCUGAUAUAAAAUAAAUGCAUUAAGAUCUAGAAUGCAUUUUGUUAACAAUUGAAAGAUCAUAAUCAAUAUUUUUAUAAUGCUAAUCUUUAGGAGCAGCAGUUGGAUUAAGCUUUUGUAUUUCAAAUCCAUCACUUAUCAUAUAAGGAGUUAUAGUAGUUAAUCCCUAUAUCUAAUUUGCAAAGAAAUACGGGUUUUUUAAAAAAAUGUUGCUUACUUUGAUGAAUAAAAUAAUACCUGUAUACUAUAAUGUAUUAUUUAGGGUCUUAUGGUGAAUUCUUAUAUAGAUUAUGGUCAUUGUAGUAAAAACAAUAAUGUAAUAAAAAGUGUUGCUGAGGAUAGUUUAGUAUAACCAUUUAUGAGUAUUGGAAUGGCUUACAAUAUUUUAUAAUUAGAUUCUUAUAUUUUACCUCAUGCUCAUCAGUGAUUUAUAAAAUUAUUUUUAGAUUCACUCAACCUUUAUUAAUAUUGCAUGGUAAAGAAGAUAAAGUAGCUAGUCAUAUGAAUUCUGUAGAGUUAUAUCGUGAAUCAGGUUCAAAAGAUAAGACUCUCAAAUUAUUUGAUAAAGGAUUUCAUGAACUUUAAAAUGAUGUAGAAUUUGAUAGAGUCAAAAAUGUAAUCAUAAAUUGGUGUUAAAAACAAAUCAAUAAAGAUAAGAGAAUCAGUAUAAUGCUUAAACAUAAUUUAGGUUAUUUCAGAGCAUUAAAUCAUGGAUUGAUUGUUAAGAACAAUAAUAGUUCCAAAUUCAUAGUUUUAUCAUGGAUUUUUAUAUAUUUCAUGUUAAAAAAGUACAAACUUAAGUUUUAUUCAUUAGUAAAAUGAAAAGUCUUGGAAAAACUGCUAAAUCUAUUUGUAUUUUAGCAAUGAUGAUCGCAUCUUUUAUUGUUCGUAUUAGAUGGUGA